GCCUUCCGAGUCAGACCAACUUCAGACACCCUCCUAAAACGCCCAUAGGUUCAGCGAUUAUUGUCUCGCAAAGGCAAUGUCAACUAAUGGGUAAGCUGAAUCUUAAACGCACUCCCGCUGAGGAGGCCGAGCGGGCUCUCUGCAAAGCUCGAAAAGCCGCAAAGAAGGCGACGAAGCGGUCACAUCUGUCUGAGGAAUCGAGCGAGCAUAGAGAGUCUGGUUCUAAACGGAGACGCCGAGGAGAGGUAAUUGAUUCUGAUCUUGACGAAGAUUUCUAUGGCCCUCCGCCUCCCCCAUCGCUGUCGUCCGCGCACAAACCUGAUUAUGACACUAUUCUUUCCGAGUUGGAAGACACUCGCUUCAGGGAGAAAAUGUGGGACGCUCUACGGGAUGAUGAACGGUUGGAUGGUAUAGACGCUAGAUUUAACGAUUACGCCCAUGUCCCCGAUAGAUGGCGAGCAAACGGAGCCAGCGGUGGAAGCCCUGCGGACCAAAUGGAUAUGGAUCCGCGGUUCAUGGAUGAUGACGCGUACGCUGAGUGGAUUCGAGAUGGGAUGUGGAGGUUUGUCUCUCAGCUGCGAGUAGUUCCUUGCAGUUGCAUUGAGUGUCCCCAUCAUAGGCGAAAGCACGCGCGACAAUACGAAGAGGAAGCACACAAGAAGGCGGAAAAGGCAGCUCGUAGCGCUAGGAAGAAGGAAAUGAAAGCAGAAACGGCCAAACUCGAAAAGGCUGCGGAAGAGCGAAGAAAAGAAAAGAAAAGAGAAAGGGAAAGCCGACGAGAGGAGAAUGCUCGAGCAGAGUAUGACAGAAAGUGGAAGGAUCUCUUGGAUCCCAAUGCUCGGCAUGGCUCUCCGCUUUCCUUCGGAGACAUUCCGUGGCCACUAUUUGUGCCCAUGGUACACUCAGAUACCGCUCAUUCAGACCCAUUCUCGAUCACAUUGGAACACUUCACAACGACAGCAAUAUCUGCAUUCCUGAUACCACUUUCUACAAUUUCUGCGCUCGCUCAGGACGUUGGUAUUUCUCUCCCCACUCAACAUCAUGACAAGAAGGAAAAGAAAGAGAAACUACGGGAGACAAUGCUACGGUUUCAUCCGGACAAGUUUGAAGGACGGGUCAUGCGGAGGGUCAUCGAGACGGACAAAGAUAGAGUAAAGGAGGCUGUGGGUCAGGUGGCUCGAGUUCUCAAUACUCUCAUGGAGGAAUAGAUCGAAGGUCUGAGAUGUAGGAAUGGAUUGAUGGUAUAGUUGUUCGAGACCUGAAGUUUGAACUGAGAAAUCGCAACUUCUCACACGAGGCAAGCUAUGUUACUUCAAGAAGUUCGCAUGUCGAGUAGGUCCCCGUUGUACUGUCAGAUUUGUAAGAGUGAAUAUCGGCAAGUCUGCCGGUUAACAUCCGACUUCACUUGCUGGCUCUCGCGGUUUUUUUUUCAGAAGAGAGGAGCAAGUGCACAUGUUGUGUCGCAUUUAUUUCGCACACGGGCGCCUUGGAUUUCUCUCAAAUACCCCCUUACUCGUG